UUAAUGUUAUCUCUAGUAGCAGAUAAGACAAUUAAAGCUACGGUUUCGGGCUUCUAAUCACCGUUUUUUAAUUAAAAGAAAGCUAAGGAAGGCAAUAAUAAGGAUCUUUUAAUUUAUUAGAAUGAUUAUGGCCAAUCCUGUUGUAUGCUAUAACAUUAAUUUGGAUUAAUCUUGUUCAUCAAGAAAUAACUUUCUGAAAUAAGAAAUGGCAUUUCAAUAUUUGACAUAAUUACUAAUGUUAAUGACCUUAUCAGACCAAACAUUCAAAAAUUUUUGUUAUAUAGUUUUGGAAACUUGUAAAGCAGCACCAGUAAACCAAAUAAAUCAAAUUAUUUUAAUGUUGUAAACAGUGGACGUUGUAAUAUAUCAUUAUUAUCAACUAAGUAAUUAAUGGGUUAAGCUGCUGAUAAGUGUACUUUAAUUUAUGUUUCGUUUGCACUCGAGAAUAAAAAGCUUAAUGAACGGAAAUGUCAAGAAGGCAAUUGCUGUUGUUAUCAUCUUCUAGAGUAUAUGGGUAUAAAUAUUUAGAACUGGCAGCCGAAUUUAUACAACAGUUAUUAGCGAGUAAUGAUGUACGACAAGUGCUUUUUAUCCCAUAUGCUUUAAAAGACCACGACAAAUAUUUGGAAAUAGUUAAAGAACCCUUGGAACGGUGGGGAUGGGAAGUAGUUGGAAUUCACCAGUUUAAAGACCCUGUAGCAGCAGCUGAAAAAGCUGAAGCAUUUUUUAUUGGCGGGGGGAACACAUUCCGGUUACUCAAAACAUUAUAUGAUCUGAACCUAAUAGAGGUUAUCAGAAGAAGGGUUCUAGAAGAUGGAAUCCCCUACAUUGGAAGUAGUGCAGGAACAAACGUGGCUACAAGAAGCAUACAUACCACCAAUGAUAUGCCCAUUGUAUACCCCCCUUCAUUUGAAGCUCUGAAUCUUAUCCCUUUUAAUAUAAAUCCUCAUUAUGUGGAUAAAGAUCCUACUUCGAAACAUAUGGGAGAAACAAGAGAAGAGCGAAUUUUACAGUAUCAGGAGCUUCCAGAAGCUGGGCCAGUCUUAGGGCUUCGUGAAGCGUGUGUCUUAUGUAUUGACGGAGAUAAAGUAACUUUGAAAGGGAAAAACGCAUCGAGACUUUUUAUUCCUGGGAAAACGCCGAAAGAAAUCACCCCCAAUAGUGAUUUGAGUUACUUGCUACAGAAAACAUAAUGUACAAUUUGCUUACACGUCCAAAAAAAUAUGUAUAAUUAUACUACUGAUAUUUU